AUGAUGCCGUCUCAAGCUGCAGACGCGUUUCCAGCAGCAGGAGCCUGUGCGGAGCUUCUUUUAGCUGAUAAAAAAGACAAAGUCUAUGAGACUGAACUUAAAAGUUUGAUGCGCGAGGUGUUAGAGCGCAUCUCCUGGCCAGACACUAGUGUUCUACCCCAUUAUCUAGCCGCGCGGUCGCAGAGUGGUUGGGAAAAUUUGGGGCAACUUACCCGUACGCCAAGAGAGCGAAUUGAACAGCAAUUGAGACUUCGACAAGAAUCUGCAGCAGUGGCAGAAGUACCUACAGAUAGCUUUGAUGGUGUGCAGCUGCCUUUCCAAAGGAAGCUGCACACCAUUAAGCCGCAGCGGUUGCUUUGUCAUAUUCAACGCGUCGUGUCGAAACUAAGGUCUAUUAUUGCGUAUCUCGAGAAUGAUUUUUUUCCAGCAUCUUAUCGAUUCCGCUUGGAUCGGGUCCAGCAGUGGGGAGCUCAUGCACACCUCGCAGCUUUUUAUGUGUUCGCACGGUACUUGACUGUGGCGAAGCGAAUAGCGAAUAUCCAAUACGUUUUUGUAAGGAAGGACUUAAUACAUGGUAUGAACCUUUCCCUUCUUGGCUAUUUAUUGGCGCUGCGGCUGUUGAUCACGGCGACACUCGAGCUCAAGCGGUUGCACAGGCAGUACAAGCAAGAGAAGAGACACAGCGUGCAGGAGACAAGGGCACUUGUCGGAGUUUUUGCGACUUCAUUUGCCUCUUUAGAGAGAGUGCCUGCGUUGCUUACAUGUUCGAGUGUGAGCACGGCUUCUUCCAAGCAGCAAUCAGAAUGUGAUAGUAUUGAUGUUAAUCGGCAGCUACGUCGUAAAUGCGCUCUUUGUUUGGGUGAACGCAUUUCUCCUGCCGCUACUCCCUGUGGUCACGUUUUUUGCUGGAAAUGCAUUGUGGGCUGGUGCCAGAAGAACAAAGCUGAGUGCCCGCUUUGUCGCCAAGAAACGCGCCCUCAGCAGAUUAAGUGCGUGUAUAACUACGUGUAA